AUGGCCAAGAAGACCUCGGAGAGCUCCCUGGACCGUUCUGACCUCGUCGACUUCGUCAUCGAUGCCCGGACGCCCGAGGAGACCAGGGCCAUCUACAACAGCUGGGCACCCAACUACGAAGAGGACAUGACCUUGCAGAAGUACAAGGCUCCCAGCAUCAUGGCUCACUUCAUCAGCCAAGAGCUUCACAUCAAGAAGGACGCCGUCAUUCUGGACGUCGGAAGCGGAACCGGACUGCUCGCGGUGCAGCUGAAGAACCUCGGCUACAGCGACAUGGAUGCACUGGACUACAGCGACGAGAUGAUGAGUGAGGCGAAGAAGAAGAACAUCUACAAGAGCCACUUUCUCGAGAAGGUCUACAAGAACAACAAGCUCACUCUCAAGGACGGACAGUACGACGUGGUGGCCCUGUGCGGUUGCCUCAUGCCCGGCCACAUCAUGCCUGAUGCUCUUCCUGAGGUGGCCAGGCUCGUCAAGCCCAACGGUCGCCUGAUGUGGAUCCACCGCACGCUGGACCACUACGAGGGUAAGUCCGAGCAGUUCCUGGAGACCCGUUUCACCGCCACGCUUCAGGCGCUGUGUCGCCAGUUUCGCAUGGAGAUCGUCGUCCGCAAGAAGGUCCAGGAGUACCGGCUCAAGUGUGACGGCCAGAUCUUCGCGCUCAAGAAGAAAGCGUAA